CACUUUGGACUUUGCGAGCGUUUUCAAGUGCUAGGAUAAGUACUCACAAUGAUGCAGGUAUAUAGCGAUUUGUUAAUAUUAGCAACAUUUACAUCAUUACGAACAUUUUCCUGUUGAGUCUUUGCUUUCAAGCUGCAAGGAAUACAUGGAAAAAAGCGAAAAUCGCCACUGAUUGAUUAGGCUCCAUCAUGACGAUUGCAGACCUAGAACUGGGCUCCUUGUUGAGUUCUGGACUAAUUUGUCUUCUAAUCGUUUGGUUCGUUAAACGUUUGAUAUCACGGCCAAGGAACAUGCCCCCCGGUCCUACUGGAAUAAGUCUCCUGGGCGAUGCAUGGCAGCUUUUCAAGGCUAGUUCAAAUCCUCUAACUCUCUUUUCAUCAUGGUCUAAGAAGUAUGGUGAGAUCGUGUCCUUCUACGUUGGUACAAAGCCUUUCGUUAUCCUGAACUCUUACUCCAUCAUCAUGGAAGCCUUCCGUCAUCCAGAUCUUCAGGAUCGACCAAGGAGUCGGCUGGUUGAAGAAGUAACUGGAAUUAAAAAUGGCGGUAUUGCUUUUUCCCGAGGAGGAAACUGGAAGGAGCAGCGCAAGUUCACCCAUUCUGUAUUUCGAAGUCUUGGAGUUGGUAAGAAGAGCUACGAAGAUACUGUCUCAGCCGAAAUGUCUCAGCUGAGUUCCGCCAUCGAAGAAAAGAAAGGGGCUCCGUUUGAUCCUGGGACUCUCUUCAUGCAAGCAAUAUCAAACAUCAUCAGCACUAUUAUCUUCGGAACGCAGUACAAAUAUGACGACCUCGAGUUCAAGAAACUUUUGCAUAUGAUAAACACGAACGUACGAUUGACAGGAGGAGGUGGAUCGACUUUGUUUCUUCCGAUUCCGUUUAUGUCCCGGAUACCAUUCGGUAUGUUCAAAACAAUGACGGACAAUAUCCGAAGUUUUAAUGACUUCGUCGAUUCUCAAAUCGAUUCUCAUGAAAAGAAUCGGGACCGAGCAACUCCAAGGGAUUUCAUCGACCAGUAUCUUAAUAAAUUGGAGAGUACCAAGGACACAAUUUCGUCAUUCAGCAAACUCAAUUUAGUCAGCUGCAUCGAUGAUCUCUUCAUUGCCGGGUCUGACACAACGAGUACUACCAUAAGGUGGUGCAUUCUAUUCAUGAUGGCACAUCCUAAGGUCCAAUCACGUGUUCAAGAUGAACUGGAUCACGUGGUUGGCAGACAACGAACUCCAAGACUCGAUGAUAUGAAAGACCUUCCCUACACAAUGGCUGUUUUAUUAGAGGUCCAACGACUUGGUGUGGUGGCGCCACUAGGUGUGCCUCAUGUAGCUGCUGCGGAUACAACUAUAGGAGGCUAUACCAUACCGAAGGGCGCCAUCGUUGUGUCUAACAUCUUUGAAGUUUUGAACAGCGAAGAACUUUGGAAAGAACCCGGUAGCUUUCAACCUGAAAGGUUUUUGACUGCAGAUGGAGAGCUCAUAAAGAGAGAUGAACUAAUCUUCUUUAGCGCUGGUCGCCGUGUGUGUCUCGGAGAGCAGCUAGCCAGAAUGGAGACAUUCUUGGCAUUUACCAGACUCCUACAACGAUUCACCUUCAAGAAACCUGAUAGCUCACCUGCCCUGUCUUUUGAUACUGUGCUUGGAUUUGCAAGGAGCCCGGUACCCUAUGUUACAAGUGCAGUAGAAAGGACAUGAAGAUGUUCUGAUGGGAAAAAAAACAUACUAAUCCGUUGAUAUGAUUAUUUUAAUGAUUUUAAUGAUAUUACUCUUGAAAAUAUGCUCAUCAUAACUUUACGUCAUAACCAAUUGGAAAUUGUGAACAAUGGGAGGCCAAGAUCUAGCAUAUAAAUCUUUCAGCAACCAUAUCAUGAUGGCAUGAUAGCAUUUAUUUCAUGCCAACAUUUAAAAAAAUCAAACAAUUUACAACAUCGUUGUGUGUCUCACUGCUGUGUAGAAGAGUGCAAUGGGUUUCAAGGUACACCAUGUAUUUGGGCAUAUUCUUUAAAGUGGUAAUGAAGGGAGACGCUUUGACAAAUUAAUGGCUUCUUCUGGCUUCCAAGGUUACAAUCCUUUGAUAAUUUGUUCUGCAUUAUCAUAAUGAAGGUGGAUAUGCUAUUAUUGUUUUUUAUGUUACAUAAUGGAUGUUGAAUGGAAUAGC